CUGCUGGCUGCAGCGAUCAACACUGUUAAAUUAAAAUUUUCUAAUUUUUACAGCAACUUUGUUAACAAUAAUUUAAUAUAUAUACUGAAAUAUCAUAACACUAACUACAAUGGGUCAAUCCAUGGGUUCCUUUGGGGCGCGAAACGUAGAUCUUUACAUGAACGAUAAUCCAACUUUCGAUCCCCAAACUGGCUUUUCCUUUGAAAGAAAACCAAGAGAAAUGAAGGCUCGUGAAGAAGAUCUGAUAUCAGCUAGGAUACCACCACAGUUUAGGGAUUAUUGUGCACAUUAUUUGCUGGACUACCAAGUGUGUCGUUAUAAGAAUAUGCCAAUGCUUUAUAAAUGUGCACAUGAAAAGCAUGACUACUUAAACUGUGAACAUCAAGAUUAUGUACUCCGCAUGAAAGAAUUUGAACGUGAACGUCGUCUACGCCUCAGAGAACAGCGUAUAGUUGGCGCAGCUUGAAGGUCAUGUCAAAACAUGUUAUACUAG